GACGUUGUUGUGGUGCAGAUGCUGUGGUUUUCGUCCGUCUUGUUUCCAAACCAAAGGGUGCUGUGUUGACUGUGAUGUAGACGAAGGUUUUCUGUCAAUCCCCUACGACAGCUCCUAAUACUUAAAAUUCAAAUAAAAGGCGAAUAUAGCAAGGCCCAAUGAACGGAGCGGCAUUCCCUUCUCCCACCUCAGAGAUGGCGGAAAUGAACCGCAUCCACUACGAGAUCGAGUACACCGAGGGCAUCAGCCAGCGCAUGCGCAUCCCCGAGAAGCUGCAGGUGGCGCCCUCCGCCUUCGAGGACCCGGAGGGCGGGGCCCAGGACCCCCUGUACAGCGUCCCGAUGCACGUUCCCGAGCGCAUCGUGGUGGCAGGGGACAGUGAGUCCUCGCAGUACCCCCGGCCCCGGGACCUGGACCUGAUCCAGUCCACACCGCUGGAGUCCCUGGCGCUGAAGACCCCGCCCCGGGUCCUCACCCUGAACGACCGGCCGCUCGACUUCAUGGAGAUGGAGCGCUCUGCAGGCCCUGGGCAGGCUGGAGAAGAGGCGCGCUCGCAGACGCGGUCGCGGCGGGAACGUUCCGCCAGCGAGAACGCCCUGGUGCGUCAGAACGGCCAGCUGCCCCGGAUCGACUCCACCGUGACCCCGCCCCCCCCCGCGCGCCUGCCCCCCCCUCACUGCGCCCGAGGAUGGAGUGAGCCUGUACAGUGCCCGCGGCGUGCUGUCCCUGAUCCAGUCCACCACCCGCCGCGCCUACCAGCAGGUCCUGGAGGUGCUGGACGACAACCAGCGCAGCAGCCCAAGUUUGAGAGGGGGAUCAGUGUCCACCUCCAACCCCCUCCACGAUUCCAGUCCCCUCACAACUCCAGGUAACUCCACCCCCUUCUCCACUCAUCCAAUCCCCUCACAACUCCAGGUAGCUCCACACUCCUCUGACCCCCUGCACGAUUCCAGGUAACUCCUUCCUCCUCACCUCACGUUUCCAUGGUUCGAUCAAGACACUAAACAUUUUGGUUACGUUUUAACUCGUACGCUGCUUUCACGAGAAAAACUGUUUUGUGACAUUUUGCGAUCUUUGAGAAGCAUUUCCUGGCAUGUCGUGGGCGUACCCGAGGGGGCUGCAGUGUAACCAGGGGCGACGAGUGACGCGUUUAAGACACGCCUCCCUAUCGGCAGCCGUGGUAACGGCGUUUUCCACUCAGACAUUCAGUGCAACUUUCUCAGAUUAUAAACACUUUGCAGUGUUUUCCACAUCUUGAAUUCAGCCCACAUAAUUCCACUUCCUCUCCCCUCCUUCAGCCUCACACUCCAGGUAACUCCACCCCCUUCUCCUCUUUCAGCCCCUAGAGUUUCACAGCUCUAGGUAACUCCACCCUCCUCUCUCUCUCUGGCCCUUUGUGCAUUUCAUCCCCUCUCUCCUUCUGGAAACUUCUCCCUGAAUCCAGAUACCAGCUCCCCACUUAACCUUCUGACCAGGAACCUGCGCCAUCUACUUUAUACUCUCAUCUGUGUGUGUGUGUGUGUGUGUGCGCUGUUGCUACAUUUUCAAAGAGGCUGACUACAACUUUGACUUAUACACUUGUGAUCUGGUAAAUGCUGGGUGUGAUUUGCUCAGAUAUAAAUGCGAGUGCAACUCGAUAAAAUGCAAGUGUAAAUGAGUUUGAUAAAUGGGAGUGUAAAUGAGUUUGAUAAAUGCGAGUGUAAAUGAGUUUGAUAAAUGCGAUUGUAAAUGAGUUUGAUAAAUGCGAGUGUAAAUGAGUUUGAUAAAUGCGAGUGUAAAUGAGUUUGAUAAAUGCGAGUAUAAAUGAGGUUUGAUUAAUGCGAGUGUAAAUGAGGUUGAUAAAUGGGAGUGUAAAUAAGGUUGAUAAAUGCGAGUGUAAAUGAGGUUUGAUAAAUGCGAGUGUAAAUGAGUUUGCUAAAUGCGAGUGUAAAUGAGUUUGAUAAAUGCGAGUGUAAAUGAGGUUGAUUAAUGCGAGUGUAAAUGAGGUUGAUAAAUGCGAGUGUAAAUGAGUUUGAUAAAUGCGAGUGUAAAUGAGUUUGAUAAAUGCGAGUGUAAAUGAGGUUGAUUAAUGCGAGUGUAAAUGAGGUUGAUAAAUGCGAGUGUAAAUUAGUUUGAUAAAUGCGAGUGUAAAUGAGGUUGAUUAAUGCGAGUGUAAAUGAGGUUGAUAAAUGCGAGUGUAAAUGAGGUUGAUGAAUGCGAGUGUAAAUGAGUUUGAUAAAUGCGAGUGUAAAUGAGGUUUGAUAAAUGCGAGUGUAAAUGAGGGUUGAUAAAUGCGAGUGUAAAUGAGUUUGAUAAAUGCGAGUGUAAAUGAAGUUUGAUAAAUGCGAGU